AUGGAGGAUCCCACAGAUAUCCAGAACUUCUGUACCAACUAUGGGUUCUAUCAAGAAUAUGCAGUCAAUCAACAAUUACAAGAAAUGAAUAAACAACAAGAAGAAAUGAAUGUGCAUGCUGCCCAUUAUGCAGGUCAAUUAAGUCGAGGAAAAAUAAAGCUCAAUGAUCUAGAAACAGGAAGCGAGGUGGACGAGGUACCUUUUCUAUCUCUAGCUCCUUUUGAAUUGCUGAGGAACAAUCCGAGAAGGCGCAAGAAUACUGAAGGGGUUAAAGUUAGAGAUGUGAAUGGUGGAGCCAACGUGCACCAGAAGCUCUCAGCUACGCAAAUCAUGAGGCUAGCUGGAGAAAGAUUCAUCCAGUUCUCUUCCAACAAGUUCAUCAACAUAAACAAUCUUUUGCAUCCCUAUGGUUCUUCUUUCUCAGACCUUUCUCCUGAAGAUAAUCAAGACGUAGAACUUGCCCAAAUCCUCCUAGCUGCAGCUGAGAAAGUUUCUGACCAGCAAUACGACCGUGCAAGGAAAUUUUUGAGUCAAUGCCAACUACUUGCAUCAAACACAGGUAAUCCUGUGCAAAGAGCAGUCUUUUAUUUUGCACAAGCACUUGGAGAGAGGAUCGAUAGAGAAACAGGAAAAUUAAUGCCAAAAAUCUGCACGGAAACAGAUGAACUUAACAGUAUCUGUGUUGCAUCAAGAUUCCACGCCUCAUACGUAGCAUUACAUCAAGAAGUUCCAUUCAGCCAAAUAGUGCAUUUCACAGGAAUUCAAGCCAUACUAGAAAGUGUAGCAACGAAACCCAAAGUUCACCUAAUUGAUUUCCUUAUCAGAACAGGGGUACAAUGGGCAUCCUUGAUCCAAGCAGCAGCAGAGCGAAAAGACAACCCAAUCGAACAUAUGAAGAUCACAGUUAUCGAAUCAGUCAAUAAAGAAAGAGUAAUAGAAACAGGCAAAAACCAACUAACUGAAGACCACUUCGACAUAAAACCUGACGAAGGGGUAGUAAUCCAUGCAGCAUUCUUUCUACGAGCAAUGAUUUGUGUACCAAACUGUUUAGAAACUGCAAUGAGAGUUGUAAGAAGGCUACAACCAUCACUAAUGGUAGUAUCAGAAGUAGAGGCAAAUCUUAAUUCACCUCUAUUCGUGAACCGAUUCAUAGAUUCAUUAUUCUACUACAGUGCAUUAUUUGAUUGCCUGGAAGAUGUAAUGAAGCGGGAUGAUCAACACAGGAUGACACUAGAAGUGUCAUACGGAGGAGGGAUUCGGAACAUAGUAGGAAAUGAAGGGGAGGAAAGGGUCAUAAGAAGUGUGAAUCUUGAUGUGUGGAGAUCAUUUUUCAGGAAGUUUGGAAUGGAGGAAGUAAAGCUGAGUAACACAUGUUUGUAUCAAGCUAACUUGAUUAUUCAGCAGUUUGCUUGUAGGAGUUCUUGCAGUGUGGAUGUAAAUGGAGGGUCUUUCAUGGUUAGCUGGAAAGGGACUCCAAUCUAUUCCACUUCUGCUUGGAAAUUCCAUUGA